AUACAAGUACCACUGGUGGAACUCAGAUGUGUGUGUGUGGGAACUAAAAGAUGAAGGUCUUAUUGUACCUGUGUUUCAUUUUAUUUGUUAUUGAUGAGGCAACUGGACAGACACCAAACCCUAUCUGUGCGGAUGUUCCUGACUUUGCACUAUGUCCAUUUCCAUUCAUCUGUAAUUUGACUGUUAGCAGAUGUAUCUGUUACCAGAACGAACCAUUCUGUCGGUGCCACACCAAAAAAGGUGAGUUUUAUCUUGAUGAAGACUGCACUCAGAGUUGGACAGUCGUGACCUUUGCCCUGGUGGCAUCUCUGCCUGGUCUCACACUCGCUGUGUUGGUGGGGGUGAUUGUUUACAUGAUUAUGUUGUCAUCAAACAAGUCCCAUAAAGGAGAAAGUAAAGAAACAACAACACCAAAGAUAGACAAAGAGCAAGACUUGUUCCCUGGAAUUGCUUUUGCUUCUGAUAUGAAUGGUCGACCCCCAACUAACAUGAGACCUGGACAACAAGACCAUGUUCCCAUGAAAGCCAUGCCCAACCGCCCGUAUAGCCUAUCUAGUGAGAUGCGUGAUCCUCAAAUGGGAGGUCCUGCUCGGCCCUAUGGGCCAUCCAGUGGUAUGCGGCCAUCUGUUGACAGGAUGAGCGAUGGACGACCUCAUGAGCCAAACAUUUACAAUGGGAUGCGUGAGCCUCCUAUGGGAGGUCCUAUGCAGCCAUACAGCAAUGGAGGAACUCGGGCUCAUGUUGUUAGCAACCCUUAUGCUAGAGAUUCACCCAGCCGAAACCCCUAUGACAACCACAUCCCUUCUUCAGACCACCACAGUGAUCACAUAUCACAUGCCUCUUCGCCCACGUAUGAUGACCUGAAACACAACCAUCCCUACUCUGCUGCUCCACCAUAUGGUUCCUCUGACCAUGGAUUUCCACGACCCCAAUUUAGUCAACGAUACUAGAACAAUUUUUUUUAUACGUUCAUUAUUCGAACUGAUCUGUAAUUAUGUGACAGGUUAAAUAUGUUUUGUUUGUCAAGUAUUUUAGUGUAAUCUUUGUGUUGCUAAUUUGUACUUACUCAUUGUUUAAUAUAAUACUGGAAUUUGUUUAUUAUGUCCUGUGAUAUACGUACUCUGGAAAAAGAAAACCAUAGAUUUUCAAUUAAAACUGACAAUAUUGAACAAAAGAACAAAAGAUAUACAAAAAAAAGGCCAAGAUGUUGAAUAGGAAUGAUAAAAUGAGGAAUUUAAGCGACCUUUAACAACAACAAAAAAAAAUAAUAAUAAUAAUCUCUAUUAUCAACUGUAAACGUUAAAGGGUAAUUUAUACUGUAAAAAAGUUUCAUUCUUUUCCAUAUUAAACUGAAAUGCAAUUCUG